UGUGUGAAGCGGCCCCGAAGGCGAUUGGCUGCGCAGGUUCCAUCUCUUGCGCGCGCCGGCUCCCCAACACCUCAUAUAAACCCGCGGGAUUUAUGGUAGGAACGCUCAGCUUUCUACUGGAUUGAUAACUUGCAAGAAACGGAAUAUUUGCUCAUCACAGCAUCCCAAACUGCACUCAACAACACACAGCACAUCUGCUUUGAGCUGGUCUACCACUUGUCUUUGACACUGACCGACCGACUGACAGCCCGACCAUCCGCCUGCCCGCACGCUUACAGAGAGAGAGAGAGAAAGAAAAGACAGCAAUGAAGACCACCAAGAGCACCAGCCUGCACGUGGCCACCCCGCUGAGGGAGAGCUUGCCCCUGUCCAAGCUGGCCGGCACCUCCGUCUACCUCAAGCUGGACUGCGCUCAGCCCACCGGCUCCUUCAAGAUCAGGGGCAUCGGACACCUGUGCAAGACGUGGGCCGAUCGUGGAUGUGUGAGAUUCGUCUGCUGCUCAGGUGGCAACGCGGGCAUGGCGGCCGCCUACUCUGCCCGCAAGCUGGGGGUUCCCGCCACCAUCGUGGUGCCCAGCGUCACCCCAAAUGAGACCGUGCAGAGGCUCAAGGACGAGGGAGCGGACGUGGUCAUCCACGGAAAAGCACUUAAUGAAAGCAUCGAAUACGGCCAACAGCUCACAGCCAACAACCCAGACUGGGUCUUCAUCUCUCCCUUCGAUGAUCCACUGAUUUGGGAGGGCCACACGUCCCUGGUGAAGGAGCUGGAGUCUGAGCUGGGCGGGGAGAAGCCCGGCGCCGUGGUGCUGUCGGUGGGGGGCGGCGGCCUCCUGAACGGCGUCAUCGAGGGGCUGCGGCGCGCCGGCUGGGACGACGUCCCCCUUGUCGCGAUGGAGACCGUGGGGGCGCACAGCCUCAACGCUGCCAUGAAGGCGGGGGAGCUCGUCACACUGCCCGCAAUCACCAGCAUCGCCACAACCCUGGGCCUGACGCGGGUGUCUGCCCAGACCAUGAAGCUGGUGGGGGAGCACACAGUCUACUCCGAGCUCGUCACGGACCAAGAGGCCGUGCGUGCCGUCGAGAAGUUUGUCGACGACGAGAAGGUGUUGGUGGAGCCGGCGUGUGGCGCCGCCCUGGCUGCCGUGUACUGCGACAUCAUCCGGCGGCUGCAGGUGGAGGGCAAGCUGAGCCAGAGCCUGGGCCCCGUGGUGGUGGUGGUGUGCGGUGGCAACAACAUCAGCCUGCAGCAGCUACAGCGCCUCAAGAAGCAGCUCGACAUGAACUGCUAACCAGCAGGGCUGCGUUUCAUUCACAACAGCGUCAUCGCUAACCAAGUUAGCAACGUACCUAGUUGCAUUGCAAUUUCCCAUGGGCAACCUACUAAGUUGCUAACUUGGCUAGCGGCAAGGCUUUCCAGAAACGAGGAUCAGGAGCCGAGUUGAAGACAGGAAAGAAGAAAAGAAAGGCCUGAAGUGUCUUAACUUAAAUGUCUUAAAGGCCCACUGUGUCAUUUUCUUCAGUAGUUUAUUUCCAGACCCAAGAAACAGCUGGACAUGAACUGCUUACAGAGUCGGGUUGAAGACAGGAAGAAAAAAGGCCACAAAUGGCUUAACUUAAAUGUUGUCUUAAGAAAGGGUCAUUGUGUAAUUUUUCCCCCACAGUGGUUAUGCUGCCCGUUAACAAGUGACAUCUUUUUCACGAAUCUUUAGCCUAUCACCAAUAAUUUUAAGUGUUCAUUAUUGCUUGGACAAUUGCACUUUUCAUACAUGAAUAGGAAGUGGAUCUGCCCAAUCUGGCAACACUGAGCCACAGACACCUUUGGCUGCAAUACCUACUUGUCAAACUAUUUUUAUUUACUUGGUAAACAUUCAUGAAAAAGGUAGAAUUUCUGACUGGGCAGCAUAAAUUGAGAUAAACUACAAAAAUGUACACACUUGGACUUCAAUAUCUCUAGGGAACAAAGCCUAUCCCAACACCAUUCCAGAAAAUGUGCUGUCUGUUUCAGACCCGCCUCGCUUGACUCCAAGUAACUUCUCUAUACUUGAUGAAACUACUUGCUUUAGAGGUGGGCAAAUGCUAUGUCUGAAAAAAAAUACUUUGUGUUGACAAAAUAUGUGUAAAAUAUUUACUCAGCUAACAAACUUUCUGAAAUUAAUGUUUAUUAAUGUUUUUUCCCCUAUUUGACUUGAAUAACUGUUUUGAAGAUUAAGAUUGAAUUUUAGGCUAUGUAAAUUCAACGUAGUUUUUACAGUAGGUGUAUAGAUAUUUUAUUGAGCAUGUGUUCGCAUGUGAAGUGGAUGUGGCAUUACUUGUCUUGUACUGUUCUCUUCUUUCUCUCUAUUUUUGUACAUCUUAUUUAAAAGAAAAGAAAGAAAAAAGAAUUAAAUUAUGUUUAUGCUUUUCAA